AAAAACUCUCCGCCGUUAUUCAAAACAAGCUCCCAAACCUUUUCACCCAAGACAUCAUCCGGCAAUAAAUCGCACCCGUGGAAUUGACUCUCGCGACGUCGCUGCCAAGCCAACCCGCGAGAGACCACGUUCCCUCGAUAACCCCCCCCCCACAAUGGCUUCCCGGCCUCGCCGUUCGGCGGCCAAGAAGGCCCAAGAGCAGAUUACUGACUGGGCCGACAGCGAGCGAAACAGCAGCAUGUCAACCCGUACUCGCCGCUCAGAGGGCCGCACCUCAGGUGUUUCCCGCGGCCCGCCGUCUUCUCCCGGAAGCGAGCACCUGAAUCUCACUGUCAAGGUGCCAGCCAACAAGCUUCGUGAAGCCACCAGCAGGGGAAGGAACUCGACGGGGAACAGCAUCUCAGUUAAUAGCAGGGUCUCAUAUGGUAGUGAGAUUGUCGCCGGCAGACGCAACCGUGGUCCCAAGAAGAGCUACGUUGUUGAGUCUGAUAGCGAUGAGGAAGAUGAUGACGACGAGAUGGAGGAGCCUGAUGCCGAUGCCGACGAGGUUGACAUGGAUGUCGAUGCUGAGGGCGAAGAGGAAGACGCUGAUGGUGACAUUGACAUGGACACCCCUGCUGCUGCCACCAUCAAGAUUUCUUUGCCCAAGGACGAUGACGAGGACGAGGAGGACGCCGAAGGCGAAGAGGAAGAUGCCGAGGGCGAGGAAGACGACGCUGAAGGCGAGGAGGAAGAGAUUGAGGUCGCCGAUGAGACGGCGCAGCCGGAUGCUGAGGGCGAAGAGCUUGACAGUGAACUCGGCAGUCGCGAAGGAACUCCUGACUUGACAAAGAUGACAAGGAGGCAACGUGCCCGCUUCGAGGAUGAGCCACAGCAGUACAUGAAGCUUUCGGAUGAGGUUCAAGCGAAGAAGGUGUUCACAGCGGAAGAGCUGUCGAUGAGAAGGCUUGAGAUGGCCCGUCGACGACGAAACUUGUCCGACAAGCGCAACGAAGAAGUCAAGAUGGAAACCAUCAACAAACUGCUGAAGAAGCAGGCCCCUAAGACCAAGGGCAAAGGCGUCGGCGAUGACACGCCCAGCAGCGAGUCGCAGAAGCCUGACGUCGCGUUUGUCCGCUGGGUUAACUCCAAGAAGGGCAGCGUGGUUGCAGUGCCGGAGGAGAUGCUCGGAGGACCGACAGGCAAGGUAUUUGUGCCCGGGGGUCUGAAAUCCGGCAAGAUGGUGGAGGAGGUUGCAUAGUCGGGUUGAUGGGCAUGGGGAUCUGCCAGAAAGGGUAUGAUACCCUCCCUACCAGAAAAGUCACAAUGAAGAAGCACCUUGUAGUGAGCGACGCUCGGUAUUGUUGUA